CGUCACUUCCUUCUCCCUGCCCUUGGAAGCAGCACGAGACUGUCUGUUCGGGAUCAUAACAUGGCUAAACUGAGCAAAGAGAGCAAACAGCGGCUGCAGCAGCUGUUCCAGUGCGGCCAGUUUGUCAUCCGAUGGGGUUUUAUUCCAACCGUGCUGUACCUCGGUUUCAAACGAGGAGCAGAUCCAGGGAUGCCUGAACCUACUUUCUUAAGCUUGCUCUGGGGCUGAGGAACAUCUUCACACGACCAAUUCCAUCAACCAAACCAUGUGACCCACCUGUGACUGGAUGAAAUGGACUUCUUUUGCUUUCCCCUCUAAAAAUAAUAACGAUCAGAUGACAUUUGUACAUUAUUUCUCACUAUCUGUAAAGUAAUGAUUGGACGUUAUCCAUUUCCAUGUAGCCUGUAACUAUGGUACAUGUACCGAGAUGUGUGAACAGGUUUGUCCCUUGAAAUACACGCUGGUUGGACUAUCGGGGUUAUUUAGGGUUAUUUUUGUUAAUGUGAAGCACUGAUGUUUGGCUGUACCAUUUGUUUCCUGUGUUUUCUUUGUUUUAUUUCGUUUUCGUUUUAUUUGUAAUUUAACAUUUCUGAAAAUAAAUCCUCAAAGAAAUGA